CGCCAAAGACUAGACAGCAGUACGCGUACUUCUGCUUGCCCAUAUCAUUUCAGUUUAAACCGAAGGGACACGGUAUCAAUCGCUCGAACGAGUUGACCAGUAUUUGCAAUACAUAACUAUCACAGAGCUCGGAAUCUUCACGCUUAGAAGUUGCACGAGUCUCGUCCCAUUUGACCACCAUCUUCGCAAGGAACACUUCAUUCUCAACUGAGAAACGGAGUGCGGUUCAUAGUGUCAUUUUCAUCGGCAGGAGUUCUUACACGCAGCGAGGUUUGGGUGAAAAACAACAAUAGGAUCCAAGGAACAAAAAAUACACGGCGACCAUGGGAGAUACCGUUAGCACGUUGCUUUUUCAGCCACCACCUCCAACGAAACUGAAGGAGAAUAAGAUUAUAUGGCUGAAGACACCUCACGGGAAAAGAAUUCCCGGGUUUUACAUACACUAUGGAAAGUUCAAUGGAGAAUAUGCRUCGCGCUCAUUAACAGUAAAAGAGUUACAAGCAGCUAAUACAUCAGAGGGGAUAACAAUAUUAUAUUCACACGCAAAUGCUGAAGAUCUGGGGAGCAUMUAUCCAUGGUGCAAAUUCCUGAGCAAAAUGUUGAGGGUGAACCUAUUUGCAUACGACUAUACCGGGUAUGGAAUGGCCUACGAUCAAGGUUAGUAAGAAAAGCGAUACCAAGCGCAACGAUUGAGAACUGCAGCGAUAGCGAUCCUACUUUGAGUAGGAACGAACGCAACUGCAUUUUUGAAACUUUUUUCACACACUCACUUGAUUSAUUCUCUUCUUCGUCACAGGGAAACCAUCGGAGGAGUUCUGCUAUGCGGACAUUGAUGCGGCCUACAAAUUCUUACGAUACGAUUUGGAUGUCCAAGCGCAAAAUAUUGUUUUGUACGGGAGAUCAUUAGGUUCUGGUCCCAGUUGUCAUUUAGCAGCCGGGACAUCACAAGCAGAAGAUCCUGAUUCCGGGGGGCCGGUCGGAGGUUUGAUCCUUCACGCACCAUUUUUAUCAGUAUAUCGCAUUGUGCUGGAGACGGGAUGCACAGUGUAUGGUGACAAGUUUCCGAACAUCGAUUGUGCGCCGUUGAUAAAAUCUCCGACAAUUUUGGUGCACGGYACAGCGGAUCAAAUCGUUCCAUUCAAUCAUUCAGAGCGGUUAUAUGAGGCUCUGCCAACGGAUUCAAGAGCCCGGCCGUUGUAUAUCGAGGGAAUGGGUCACAACAAUGUACACUCUGUGGUGAGACCGAUGUUCGUUGCUCGGUUAAACGAAUACCUGGACGAGGAGGUUUGGCCGAAAAUCAAGAAUUCGAAAAAACUGCAAGGAAACAGACGAUAAGAGUGAUUGGGAUUCAUAUAUUCAUUUAUGCCUAUCCAAUUGCUACAAUGGAUGAAACAUGGUGAAACUGAAUURAUAUCUUCUUGUUCUGUAGUCGAUUCAACACGACGACACCUCCUGGUACGCGAAACUAAAUCGCGAUGAUUUUGUUGUGCUUGGGAGAGUCCAACCUUGUUUUGAAGGAUGGAUUGGUGCUUGGCGAAUCCGCCAGCGAAUUAACAACAAAUCAACUACAGAUGCCGUAAUGUAUAUAUCAUGUAUACUAUAGUACACACUGAAAAGAAACUUUUCAUUUUCCG